ACAAUGGCAUCGGAGGGACGGACUAUAGUCUGUACUAUACAUCAGCCCUCGUCUCAAGUGUUCGCUCUCUUCGAUCACAUCUUACUUAUGGCCGACGGAAGGGUAGCUUUUAUGGGCACAACUGAAUUGGUACGGCUUUUGGGCCCAAAUGCGGGCCCUAUUGUGGCGCUCAUACCUAUUGACAACCAGAAAUGA